AUGAUAUGCAAUCCAAACUGGAAAGAGAUUUCAAAUGAAUUGCAACCACACGAAGAAACUCAAUAUCGGCCUGACUUAAUUGCUCGAGUCUUUAGAGCAAAAUUAGAAGACCUGAAGUAUCAACUAUUCAAGCGAGAAAUAUUUGGAAAAGUUUCAGCAUAUGUCUAUGUUAUUGAGCACCAAAAAAGAGGACUUCCACAUGCUCAUUUUCUGAUUAUAUUGCGUCGGAAAUUAUAUGCACCAGAAUCUUUUGAUGAGAUCGUAUCUGCUGAAUUACCUGACAAAGACAACAACUUACAUCUCUAUACAGCUGUUAUCAAACGCUCCAACAAUGGAAGAACAGCCAGAAUUAGAGACCAUGAUUUGGAUAAUCGUUGGGUUGUUCCAUAUAACCCGUAUUUAGUUGCAAUGUUUGGUUGCCAUAUCAAUGUUGAGAUAUGUUGUACAAUAAAAGCUGUCAAGUAUCUCUACAAAUACAUUUAUAAAGGCCAUGAUCAUGUUGCAUUCAAUUUAGUUCCUGAAGAAAGCAUUCAUCAAAUUGACGAAAUUGAACGAUUUCAAUCAGCUCGAUGGAUUGCUCCACCUGAGGCUAUGUGGAGAAUAUUUGGAUUUAUUGUCAAUGAAGUUCAUCCUGUAGUUUAUAGUUUACAUUUACAUCUUGAAAAUCAACACCAGGUGACUUUUCGUACUCAUGAAAACUUAACAAAAGUGAUGAACUCUGAUCUUUCAGCAAAAUCAAUGUUAACAGAAUUCUUCGCAACAAAUCAAAUUGAUCAAAAUGCAAGAAAAUUGUUGUAUAGAGAAUUUUCUGAAUUCUACGUUUGGAGCCAGCAAUACAAAAUGUGGACUGUUCGAAAUAAACAAAUUGUGAUAGGCCGAAUUGUUACAGCAAAUCCUUUUGAAGGAGAGGAUAUUAUUGAAUCAUAUAAGAGGUCCUCUAUCAUUUCAACAUCUGAAAACUUUUAUUGCAAUCCAACAAAUCCAAGAGAUCUUUGGGAACGCUUUAAACAAGAUAUAUCUGCUGAUUUCCAAUUAGUUGGAUGUUCUUCAUCAAAUGUUAGAACCGAAACUUUACACUUUAUCUCCAAAAUCCUCGAAUCAAUGGGUAAAGACAUUAAUUCAUUCCAUUUUAUUGACCAAAAUAUUGAUUUUGAUGAAGAUGAAUUUCUGUCUAGAGAAAUUGAUGAUGAAUUGGCGGUUCCAAUCCCAAAAGAAGAUCUUCAUACAUCAACACUAUUUAACAGCAAACAACAAAAUGCUUAUAAUUCUAUCUUGCAAAAAGUUUUAUCAAAUCAAGCUGUUGCAUUCUUUAUUGAUGGUCCUGGUGGAACAGGAAAAACGUUUUUAUACAAGGCACUCCUUGCUACAAUAAGAACAAAACAAUUAAUUGCUCUUGCAGCUGCUUCAUCUAGUGUUGCGGCAUCAAUCUUACUUGUGGUCGAACUGCACAUUCACGAUUUAAAAUUUCAUUAG